AUGUCUCUGCUUCCAAACGCUGUCUCUGUCGGUAACGGCAACCUCGCCGCCGCCCAGGCCACCGCCAACCCCAUUCUCUACGACACCGCAUCCUUCGUGCCCCAGGCCUACGCCGCCCAGCAGGCCACCGUCGACGCUCUCCAGAUGGCCGGCUCCCCCCAGAGCGGAGCUGAUGGAGCCGCUGGUGUCGCUCCUGGCGCCGCUGCCGGUCCUUCCGGAGGUGCCCAGAUUGUCGGUGGAGGAGAGUCUGGCGCUGCCGCUGCCACCACCGCCGCUGAGGCCUCCGGCGCCGCCCAGACCCAGGCUGCUGGUGGAGCUUCCGACGCUUCUGGUGCUGCUGCUGGUCCCUCUGGCGCUGCCCAGACUGAGGGUGCUGCUGGUGCUUCCGGCGCUUCCGGUGCUGCUGGUCCCUCUGGUGGUGCCCAGACCGAGGGCGCUGCCGGUGCUUCUGGUGCCUCUGCCCCUGCCCAGGCUUCCGGUUCCGGCGCCGCCCAGACUGAAGGUGCUGGUGCCUCCGGAGCUUCUGGCGCUUCUGGCGCUGCUACUGCCUCUGGUGCCGAGGCCUCUGGAGCCUCUGGCUCUGGUGCUGAGGGCUCUGGAGCUGCUACCGCUACUGGUGCUGACGCCUCUGGAGCUUCUGGCGCAGCUGGUGCCUCCGGCGCUUCCGGCUCUGGAGCUGCCACCGCCACUGCUUCCGGCGCUGAGGCCUCUGGAUCUGCUGCCUCUGGCUCCGCCGCCUCUGGCUCUGCUGCCUCUGGCUCCGCCGCCUCUGGCUCUGCCGCUUCUGGCUCCGGUGCCGCCGUCACUGGAUCUGGCGCCUCUGGAUCCGCUGCCUCUGGCUCCGGCUCUGCUUCUGAGACUGGCGCUGGCGCAUCUGGUUCUGGUGCAUCUGGUUCUGCCGCCUCUGGCUCUGCUGCCCCCACCGGCUCUGCUUCUGGCUCUGGAGCUGCUGGUGUCGGCUCUGCCUCUGGCCUCGCCACUUCUGCCGUCUCCGGUGGUGCUUCCGGUGCUUCUGCCUCAGGCUCCGCCACUCGAUCUGCCGGCGCCUCUGGAUCCGGCGCCUCUGGCUCAGCAACUCGAUCUGCUGGCUCCUCCGCCUCUGGCUCCUCCGCCUCUGGUUCUGCCUCCGGCUCGAACGGCCAGUCCAACGGCGCCUCCAUGGUCUCACUGUCAAUCGGCGCUGUCGGCCUCUCUUGCAUCGCUCUGCUCAUCUAA